AUGCUCGAACCGCUUUGGGCUGACAUGCAUGGCCGGUUGAAGUCCAGGGGGGACGUGGCAAACCAAGGAGCCAGUGGCGUACUCGAUAAAUACAAGCUGGGAAAUGAGCCCUGCGUAUUCAAUCAUGCCCGGGAUCUCCUCCACAUGGUCAACACAUUUCGCGACCAAAUAAUACGCCCUAUUGUUGGCAUUGGCCACAGCGCGCGUGGCCCUAUCCUCGUUAGCCUCGCACUCCUCCAGCCACGCCUCGUACUAGAGACUCUGAUCCUCAUUGACCCCAUCAUUCACCGGCACGUGUUUGCGGCGGGCUACUGCACGCCUGCGCUCGCUUCGGCCCCUCGACGCGAUGAGUGGCCGUCCCACUUUCGCAAGAAUAAGUAUUAUAGCAAAUGGGAUGAGCGCGUGUUGCAGCGGUGGCUGCAGUACGGCUUGCGCAAUCUACCCACGGCUGUGUACCCACGCCACAUCCAAGUGGCCGGAACUGAAGCUCACGUGACGCAUGAAGACGCCUCUGCCGACACUGUCACGCUCACUACAACAAAGCACCAGGAAGUCUUCACUUUCCUCCGGCCAACAUUCGAUGCACAUGCAUACCCUGGGCUCGGCGUCGAGUCGACGGGUGUGGGCAUCGGCGGAAGCGGCGGUGCAGCCAAGGGCUGGGUAGCCGAGGUGACGGUCCAGGGUGUAGGCCAUCUCAUCCCGACGGAGGCUGUUGGCGAAACGGCGGAUCCUAGUGUCGAGUGGCUAGGAAACGAGAUGGCAGCAUGGAGAGAAAAAGAGAUCGUCGAGCGAAGUGAAUGGGCGUACAUUCCGGAUGAGCAAAAGCGAACGAUUAGUGAUCAGUAUAUUGAGGCUUUGAGAGGCGAGACGAAAUCUGAUACUGCACGACUUUCGAGACUUUGA